AUGGUUCCCAGGACAAGACUUGAUUUAGAAGCUAAAAUAGGAGUUGCAAUCAGAAGAGGGAUUAUUCAGCCAGAAGAAUCUGGGAAAAUGAAAGCCACAGAGGCAAACACCACCAAAAGAAUCCAGUCUGAAGGAGCAGCCCCAACGGGGAACAUGACAUUUUCCCCUGGCAGAAGGAAAACACAAGUCGCUGAACCUUGCAGUGCCUCUGAGAGCUUCUAUUUGGAUGUGGUGUUUGUCACUUCUGCUCAAGUCUUUGCCAAGGCAAGCCAUAUGGCCAUGCUGGCCGUCGGCGAGGCGGAGCGGAGAGUGCACCUCUGGGCUGCUUGGGAAGGCAGUGGGCCCCCGUACAAGGCCCUGCCGGGCACCCUGUACGCUGCCCUUGGCGAGCAAGGACCUCGGCGUCAAGGCUCCCAGCAUGGGCUGCUCGGGCAGCCCCCUCCACAAUGUCACAUCCUGCCUUGCUCAGCCCCGCCCCGGGCAGUGAGCGUGACACUCUCUCUGUUCUGUGCAGCUCUGGUCUUCAGUGCCCUGGGAAACAGCCUCGCCCUAUGCCUUGCCUGUCACAAGGGCAAGACGGUCAACUCAACAGGUGUGUCCCUGGCCCACCUGGUGGUGUCCGAUUUCCUGUUCACCCUGGCCCUGCCUGGAAGGAUCACCUAUUACGUGCUGGACUCUGGAGGGUCUUUCGGUGACGGACUCUGCAGGCUGACGGCAUUCCUCCUCUCCGUGAACAUGCCCGGGCCGGGGGUCAACCUCCUGACGUGCAUGAGCGCGCACCGCUACCUGGCUGUGGUCCGCCCCCUCCAGGGCCUGCAGCUCCGCAAGGCCCGCGGGCCACGGCUCGUCUGUGUGGCUCCCUGGGCCUUGGCCUUGCUGCAGAGGGCUUUCAGACUGUCCCUGCAGCUCACCAGGCCCCUCAUGAACGCAAACUGUGGCAGUGACCCCAUCAUUUACUACUUCGCAUCGACACGGUACAGGAAAUGGCUCCUCGGCAUCUUAAAACUCAGGGGGUCCGCAUCCUCCUCCUCCUCCCAGGGAAGGGCUUCCUCAGAAGCGCCAAGUGUCAGCCAGACUGGAGCCUUAGCGCCCUUAGAAGAGAAUGAGGUCUGA